AUGUCUGGACCAAAAGUCCACAGCCUUCAACUGGAGAGGCUGGGUCAAGCUUGGGACGGAUGGGGCAUGGCAAGAACGUACAGAGCAUACCCUACAGUGGGUGGAGCAUACACCCAAGCGGCUUUAAAAGUGGAAGGAAAUCGACGGAGCGGCAAUGUUUUGAAGCUUGAAGUACACAUUCUGCAACGUCUUGCCAAUUGCCCAAUUUUUGCUAAUGUGCUACAAGCAGGAAAAAAGGAGUACUACUCCUAUGUUGUAAUGACACUCCUCGGCGCCAGCCUGGAUACAUUAAUUGGAACAAAAUCAAAAAACCCAAGGAAACAAACUCCUGCAAACUCUCGUGUGGGAAAUCUAUCACGUCUCGCACACCGUCGCGGAAGGCAUGGAAGAAUAUGCACGGUAUCCACGCAAGUUAGAGUUGGCAUAAACGCCCUUUAUGGGAUAAAGGCCCUUCAUGAUAUGGGUUUUAUACACCGAGACAUAAAACCAGCAAACAUGGCCUUGGGAACCUUUGAUAGAUCGCGAAUUAUACACAUUUUCGACUUUGGACUAGCCAGGCAGUACGUGAUUUUCCCAAAAAAUGGUCGACCAAAAGGAACGCUGCGUUACUGUUCCAUCAAUGCGCAAGAAAGAGGAGAGCAAGGACGGCCGGAUGACUUAUGGAACCUACUGUACAUGCUGGCAGAGAUGAGGGGGAAAACUUCCGUGGGAUCAUUUAGAUUGGAUACGAAAAAUCCAUUCAAUAGGUUUUCCGACCCAUAUGACUGGGAGUUUGAACAGUCUCUGCAGUCCUUCCAAGACGAGUCCAAGCUAAAGAGGAUUGUCACCUCACCAGAUGGAACUCCAGUGACGCGUUCGGUCAGUGGUACCCCAGCAUCGAUGUCUCGCGGCGCUGUCGGACGUUUUCCUCCUACCAUGAGACAU